AUGAUGCCUGCAUUUCGACCCACACUACCUCAUUACCGACGUAAUAGCUACGGUGAAAAUGGCCAAGCUGUAGUCGUUCCUGCUGUAUAUAAGGAAGAAAGCGAUCGAUUAUUUUCCAGAAAUCGUUUCAAUCAAUGGGCAAGUGAUCGCAUUUCAUUACAUAGGACUUUACCUGAUCAACGACCGGCUGCAUGUAGAAAACAACUCUUUCCUACCAAUCUUCCACCAGCAAGUCUUGUUAUCGUUUUCCAUAACGAGGCAUGGUCGACUCUAUUACGAACAGUGCAUAGUGUCCUGGAUAGGUCUGAUCCUCGCUUAAUGCGAGAAAUUAUUCUUGUCGAUGAUUGUAGUGAGAUUAAAGGCCACGAGGAACUUCAAGCUCCACUUGAAAAAUACAUUCAAAAAUUGAAAAUUGUCAAAUUGGUGCGAAAUAAAAAGCGCCAAGGAUUGAUUCGUGCAAGAUUAAGAGGGUACAAGGAAGUAACCUCACCAGUUAUUGUAUUCCUUGACGCACAUUGCGAGGUCGUUGAUGGCUGGCUAGAACCACUACUUGCGAGGAUACAUGAAAAUCGUUCUAACGUCGUCUGUCCAGAAAUUGACGUAAUUAGCUUUGAAAACUUUGGCUAUAGUUAUGCUUCAGGAAUUCGUGGAGUAUUUAAUUGGAAUUUACAUUUUCGUUGGCGCACCCUUCCUGCAGUAGAACAACAACGUCGAAAAUCCGUCAUUGAUCCUAUUCGAUCUCCUACCAUGGCUGGUGGUUUAUUUGCAAUCCAUAAGAAAUAUUUUGAAGAUAUCGGUUUAUAUGACGAUGAAAUGGAUAUCUGGGGAGGAGAAAAUUUAGAAAUGUCAUUUCGGAUUUGGCAAUGUGGCGGUAACUUAGAAAUUAUUCCAUGCUCCCAUGUUGGCCAUGUUUUCCGCAAAAGUCAACCUUACACCUUUCCCAAAGGUGCUGGUGAGACAUUAAACAAAAACUUACAGCGCGUCGCCGAAGUGUGGAUGGAUAACUAUAAAGAUAUCUUUUACAAUCGAUUUCCAAACUUACGCCAGCAUAGCUAUGGCGAUAUUAGCAAGCGUAUAGAAUUACGAAAAAAGUUAAAAUGUAAAAGUUUUGACUGGUAUUUAAAGAACGUUUUUACAGAUGUACAAUAUCCUGAUAUGAUCUUUCUGGCUAAAGGAGAGCUUCGUAAUCCUAGUACCGGCUACUGUCUCGACUCUAUGGGUAAUAAAGAAUAUGCCGAUAUUGGGAUUUAUCCUUGUCAUGGCCAAGGUGGCAACCAAUUGUUAACAUACACUAUUCGUAAGGAAUUGGAAAUGGAUGAAGUAUGUUUAGAUGCACUCUCAAGACGUGUUGCAGGAACAGUAAAAAUGGCACCAUGCCAUAGAAAAAAAGGCACACAACUUUGGGAGCACAAAGAAGUUAGUAAUGAUACUAAUAAAUCCAUUUAG